AUGUACGAAGUACUCAGCCUGGUGAAAACGGCGUACUACGCUUGUAACGAGAUCGACCGUAACGAGUACGACUUGAUGGAAACACCGGACGUCGAUAUGCAAGAUUGUUGCGAGGCGCUGUUCGCAAUUUUAAAAAUCAGCAAAAACCAAAGUCAGGGCAACGAUAGGCAGACCAUGUUCGGCAGAUCGCAAUUCCCAAUUAAUGACCACAGGUUUGAAAACAUAUGCGAAAAUGCAGCGUUGCACGGGCACAUCGAUUGCCUGAAACUUGCUCACGAGGUCGGCGUCCCUUGGACCAUAAACCCUUACAACCCAUUUGAUUGGGCCAAGGAUAUGGCGUGCGGCAAAGCUGCGGCAUCGGGCAAUCUAGAAUGUCUAAGAUACGCAUGGGAAAACGGAUGCCCGUGGGACGAGUGGACGUGCACCCAAGCAGCACAUAAUGGUCAGCUGGAGUGUCUGAUUUACGCACGGGAAAACGGAUGCCCGUGGGACAAGUGGACGUGCACCCAAGCAGCACAUAAUGGUCAGCUGGAGUGCUUGGUUUACGCACGGGAAAACGGAUGCCCCUGGGACGAGGAGACGUGCACCCAAGCAGCACGUAAUGGACAGCUGGAGUGCUUGGUUUACGCACGGGAAAACGGAUGUCCCUGGGACGAGGAGACGUGCACUCAAGCAGCACGUAAUGGACAGCUGGAGUGCUUGGUUUACGCACGGGAAAACGGAUGCCCGUGGGACCAGUGGACGUGCACCCAAGCAGCAUAUAAUGGUCAGCUGGAGUGUCUGAUUUACGCACGGGAAAACGGAUGCCCGUGGGACGAGUGGACGUGCGCCCAAGCAGCAUAUAAUGGUCAGCUGGAGUGCUUGGUUUACGCACGGGAAAACGGAUGCCCGUGGGACGAGCGGACGUGCGCCCAAGCAGCACAUAAUGGUCAGCUGGAGUGCUUGGUUUACGCACGGGAGAACGGAUGUCCCUGGGACGAGGAGACAUGCAGCAAAGCAGCAUAUAAUGGUCAGCUAGAGUGCUUGGAAUACGCACGGGAGAACGGAUGUCCCUGGGACGAGAAGACAUGCAGCAAUGCCGCAUGUAAUGGUCAUCUAGAGUGCUUGGAAUACGCACGGGAGAACGGAUGUCCCUGGGACGAGGAGACGUGCGCCCAAGCAGCAGAUAAUGGUCAGCUGCAGUGCUUGGAAUACGCACGGGAGAACGGAUGUCCCUAG